CGGGGUAGCGGGCAGAGCAACGCAGAGUUCCAGGGGCUCGGACCGGACCCCGACGACGCCCCGGCCCCGAGCCUGCGCCAUCUGGGUCGCCCUCGAGAACCGGAGCGCCCCUCGGAGGCCUCCCUGCAGGCCCUGCUUCUGCUACGACCUUCGUGGCCCCUCCCACCAAAAAAAAAAAAACAACCCAAAAAGCGCAUCCACAGAGGCCAUGCAGGGGGCUCCGAUGACCCUGCCUUCGCUGCUAUUGUUGCUGUUGGGGUGUGGGCCAAGAGUGUCCUCUGGCGGCGGAGUUGGGGGCGCAGCAGGCUAUGCCCCGGUAAAGUACGUGCAGCCCAGGCAGAAAGGACCAGUGGGACCGCCUUUCCGCGAGGGCAAGGGCCAGUACCUGGAAAUGCCUCUGCCGCUGCUGCCAAUGGACUUGAAAGGAGAGCCGGGCCCCCCUGGGAAGCCAGGACCUCGGGGUCCCCCUGGGCCUCCUGGCUUUCCAGGAAAGCCAGGCACAGGAAAACCUGGGCUUCAUGGGCAGCCAGGCCCUGCUGGCCCCCCUGGCUUCUCCCGGAUGGGCAAGGCUGGUCCCCCAGGGCUCCCAGGGAAGGUUGGACCACCAGGACAGCCAGGAUUGCGGGGAGAGCCAGGGAUACGAGGGGACCAGGGCCUCCGGGGACCCCCAGGACCCCCUGGCCUUCCUGGUCCUUCAGGCAUUACUGUCCCUGGAAAACCAGGUGCCCAGGGAAUGCCAGGGCCUCCAGGAUUUAGGGGGGAGCCAGGACCCCAGGGAGAGCCUGGACCCCGAGGUGAUAGGGGUCUCAAGGGGGAUAAUGGGGUAGGCCAGCCAGGGCUUCCUGGGGCCCCUGGGCAGUCAGGUGCCCCUGGGCCCCCCGGGCUACCUGGUCCAGCUGGCUUGGGCAAACCAGGUUUGGAUGGGAUACCAGGAGCCCCAGGAGACAAAGGCGAUUCUGGUCCCCCUGGGGUUCCAGGCUCUAGGGGAGAGCCAGGAGUUAUGGGUCCAAAAGGCCCCCCUGGGGUAGACGGUGUGGGGGUGCCAGGGGCAGCAGGUAUACCAGGGCCACAGGGCCCAGCAGGAGCUAAAGGGGAGCCAGGGCUCCGGGGCCCCCCUGGAUUAAUAGGCCCUAUUGGCUAUGGGAUGCCAGGAAAACCGGGACCUAAGGGAGAUAGGGGCCCAGCUGGGGCCCCAGGGCUUUUGGGGGACAGAGGUGAGCCAGGAGAGGAUGGGGAGCCAGGAGAGCAGGGUCCACAGGGCCUUGGGGGUCCACCUGGCCUUCCUGGGUCUGCAGGGCUUCCUGGUAGACGUGGGCCUCCUGGACCCAAGGGAGAGGUAGGACCUGGAGGUCCCCCAGGAGUGCCUGGCAUUCGGGGUGACCAAGGGCCUAAUGGUCUGGCAGGGAAGCCUGGGCUCCCUGGUGAGAGGGGACUUCCUGGACCUCACGGACCCCCUGGACCAACUGGACCCAAGGGUGAGCCAGGUUUUACAGGUCGCCCUGGAGGGCCAGGGGUGGCAGGAGCCCUUGGACAGAAAGGUGACCUGGGGCUUCCUGGGCAGCCUGGCUUGAGAGGCCCCUCUGGAAUCCCAGGACUGCAGGGCCCAGCUGGCCCUAUUGGGCCCCAGGGUCUGCCAGGCCUAAAGGGUGAACCAGGCCUUCCAGGGCCUCCAGGAGAGGGAAAAGUGGGGGAACCUGGCACUGCUGGGCCCACAGGACCCCCUGGAGUCCCUGGCUCCCCAGGACUCACAGGUCCUCCUGGGCCCCCUGGGCCUCCUGGCCCUCCUGGUGCCCCUGGAGCCUUUGACGAGACUGGUAUUGCAGGCUUGCAUCUGCCCAACGGUGGAGUGGAGGGGGCUGUACUGGGCAAGGGGGGAAAGCCACAGUUUGGGCUGGGGGAGCUGUCAGCACAGGCUACUCCGGCCUUCACCGCUCUGCUCACCUCCCCCUUCCCUGCCUCAGGCAUGCCAGUUAGGUUUGACCGGACUCUCUACAAUGGUCACAGCGGCUACAACCCAGCUACUGGUAUCUUCACCUGCCCUGUGGGAGGUGUCUAUUACUUUGCUUACCACGUGCAUGUCAAGGGCACCAAUGUGUGGGUGGCCCUGUACAAGAACAACGUGCCGGCCACCUACACCUACGACGAGUACAAGAAGGGCUAUUUGGACCAGGCGUCUGGAGGGGCUGUGCUCCAGCUGCGGCCCAAUGACCAGGUGUGGGUACAGAUGCCCUCAGACCAGGCCAACGGCCUCUACUCCACUGAGUACAUCCACUCCUCCUUCUCAGGAUUCUUGCUCUGUCCCACAUAACCCGUGGGGGGCCCUGCUGCCCUGGCUUCCUCCUCUUUAGCGAUAGAGAGACCUUUCCAGUUCUAGAGACUGCCAUUUGAAGAAAACAACCAACAGCUCAACAGAGGUGGCGGCGGCCUUGGCCCGAGGAGACGGACCUGUUUUCCCCGUCUGUAGGCCGAAGUGGGUUCUGGAAGAGGUUGGCCUAAUUUUCUUUCCCCCGGUGCACUGUAGGGGUUGUACCCUGUUCUGGACCUGCCUGGUCUGCAGGCAGCACCCUGGAGCACUCAGUCCGGCCCCCAUGUGAGCCCUGGAAGCUGUUGGGAGAGAUGAUUUUCCUGUUGGCAUUAGACGCACGGAACGGGCCAGGGGUGAUGCCUGUGUUCACUGGGCCUCUUCCAGCUCCCCGGAGGCCUCCAGCAAAUGACAUUAGGUUCCCUGAAGUCUUUGUUUCCUUUUGGGGGGAAGGAAGAAGGGAAUGGGGGACCUGGAGGCAGUCAGUUUGACUAGACCCCCGGAAUGAUCCUGGUGGGGAAAGUUGUGUGGCCUUUGCUACUGGCCCCUGAAAGACUCCAGAAGCAACCGUCUGUAGAGGUCUGUGAGGGGACAGGGGCAUGGGUCUGAGGCAGUCUGGUAGCUCUUCUAUUUCCCUGGCUAUCCCCAUUGGCGCUGGCUUUUUAACGUGAGGGUGGACAGCCCUGGGCUGAGAUGGAACUCUGUAGUAUCCCUGCGAUUGCAGAGCCAACCAGGACAAGUGAUCAGCAGACACGAGUGCCCCUCCCUCUUUCCUCUCACCCGCUGGGGGUAGGCUAAUUUUCUCAUCAUCAGACCGUUAGGGGACCCUUGCCAACCCCAAACCGAGUGUCUUCAAGAGCGCCUGUCUCUGGCCCUCUGCGCAGAGGCACACGGUGAAGACUUAAUAAGAACUGUGCUGUAGAGAUUUAGUGUCUGCCGGAGGGGCUCAUCUGUGGGCACUUCCUUCUCUCCGCCCUCUGCUUCCAAUUUCCUGUUCUAAGCAGGGUAGGGCCCAAGAGGCUGAGGCUCUGAAAGAAAGGAUGCCAGCAGGCCCCACUGGAAUGAGCUGGCUUUGGAGGCUUCCACCACCCUCCCUAAUCACAAUGCUCCUGCAGGGAAACAGGCGAGCUUGCUUCCUAGCUCCUUGGCCCCCAGUUCAGGCUGGGGUCAAUGCUGGGAGCAGGGAUGGCCGAUACUCUUACCUGUGUAAGGAUGGCUGCUUUCUCCGUGGUCCAUGACCUUCCUCAGUUCUCACCUAGUCAGCCUGCAUCACUGUACCGAGUGUGAAUCUGGGACAUUCAAGAGGCAACCCAUCUUGUGCUCCAGUUUGUGUCCAUUCAGCUGUGCCUGCCCAUGGGCUGAGGGCCCAGGGCCCAGCCUCCUCCCCUGCAAAGCAGCCUAGUUAACUGCUUACUUCCGCUCCCAAAGUGGGAGCCUGCCCCUGUCAGCAAGGAAAAGCUCUGUCCAGGGCUCAGUGUGCUUUUCUGCCCAAGAGAACCAAUUAGUGAGUCAGAGCAUCCCUGCUGGGCCUUUUGUUCAGCCUCCUCCUUCCUGGGGUCAAAGCCACUAAUCUGACGUGUUAGGGAUGAGUUCUGAUGGGCAGUGGUUAGUUGACUCUGAGGGAGCCCCAAAAGUUGUAUCAGCGGAGCUGCUGGACUCUACCCUGAAGCCUUUAGGGAAGGGUGGCGAUUUUGCAGUGUUUGUGGGUGGGAGCUGUAGGUGUCAUUGAGCAAUUCUGACAAACAGUGUCAGGCUUUAACAUGACGACUACACUUACCUUGUGCAUUUUUGUAUUCUGGCUUUUUUUUUUUUUAAUUAGGUUUUUCCACUUGUGAUUUCAUUUCUACCCUGGUGUAGGAAGUUUCUCUCUACUUAUCAU